GUACGUCCGCCGCUGGAUUACACCAAUCGGACCGAGGGCCUUUUCUUAAGUAGACCACCAUAAUCCCGAAGAUAGACUCUGCAAUUGGACAUUUCAAGGAUCACAGUCGCGUUCGGCGUUUGAAGAGCUGACCAGUCUGAGAGGGUACUAGAGGGCAAGAAGGCCGAAGGAACUGCAGCGCUUGGCUCGGGUAGAAGUGCGUAAGCCGGUCAUGGACUACGAAAUCGUGCUCCGUACUUGGCUGCUGCGAAUUGCGACUAUCAGAUCAUGAAUUGGUUGUGACGCUUGAGUACUGUGGUACACGAAGACCCAAAACCUUAGAUUCCAUAGCUAACUGGAAGCUUUCAUUUACAUUCGAAAGAGUUUCAUAUUGAAACCCUUCUCAGUUCUCGUGCUGCGCCUUUGACGUUGUGGGGGGUGGCGGGCUUCCGGGAACCUUGAGCAACAUUUUGCCUUUUAAGCACUUGCCUUGUCGGCUUUGAGGGCUUAGUUCUGAAACUCUUCAGCGACUAUUAGUGUACCUACUUAAAUUUUAGGCCUUGAAACGAGCACGCGGGCUGGCGGGGACGCUCCGCUGUAACUAUGUACACCCAAAUGGCUCAGGCUCCAUUUUCUUUUUCUUUCCCCAACGUUGAUCACUUGUCAUGUUCUCAUUCCAGUCAUAAUCCCUAAAUCUCAAAGCAUAUAUCAUAGGAGUUACAUAGCCUAUAAGAAAGCUAUGACAGCAGAAAUACCUCAAGUCCCCAUGGUCCCUAACAGCUUUUUGCGCGGGUUAUGAACCACCAAAAUGUGCCACUGUUUAUUUGAUACCAACACCAUUGAGCGGAGGGACUCUAGCGUAAACCCUAAUAUCGUGACUCGACAUGACUUUAUUGUUACACGCCCCGGGAGCGACCCAUCUCCAUGCUCCCUACAAUAAUACCUCUAGUACCAUGGUUAUCUCAGUAGCGAUGUUCUCGGUUCACAACAUUCAUUAGUGCCUCAGUGCGACUCAGCUUCCCCAGGUUGGUCUCUAGGAUGUUGAGGAUCCGGUCCCAGUAAUGGAUAUUCAACCAGCUGACAUGCCUGUGCUCGUGGGUUGGUCGUUGCAUUGAGAUGUAUUUCUGCGGCAUCAACCAGGUCAGCUGGAGGGAGACACGGAUAUAUCAGAAGAUUUCGUGUUUUCCGCAAAGAGAUCAUUACUGGGUAAAGGCUCUGGAUCAGUGACAUCAACCGCUGCACCUCAAAUCGACCCCCUUGCUAGCGCAGGUUGAUCGAUGUGAUCACCACGCGCGGUAUCGACAAGAAUGGUCUUUUUCUUGCUCGUUAUUCCGAACUGCUAUUGUGGCAUUAUACCGCGAGACGAUUCAGUAUGAGGCCAACUUGUGACCAGGAUGUCCAGAUUUUGAGAGAAAUGACUGACGUCAUCUCGCGAGGAUUUGUGGUAGCUACUUGGCAGGUAUGAAGCCAUUCGGAUCGCCGGUCAUGGAGACGCAAAGGCUAUUAUCCUUCCGCAACGAAUAUGGUAGCUCCCAAAGUACUGCUUCAUUUUCCCUUCAUGCCUUGAAAAUGGUGUUGAUUGCCAAUGCUGGCUCAUUCAACUUGGGGUGUCUUUGCGCUUGUGUUGCAGAAAACCACGUCGCUGUUUAAAUACGUAUCAUGGGCGCAUUUAUCAGCUCCAUCUGAGGUCAAUUGCACAGGGCGCUGUUUUGAUAGUAGGUCUGCUAGAGGGAGUGCGGAGCCAAUAGAAAAUCGUCAGCCCGUCCUAGACUACUUCCCGAAGCUUGUCAUGCUUAUCCAGACUUUGCCGGGGUCGUCAAGGAUGAAAAUGAGUAUCUUUACUUAAUUUAUUGCCGAGCUGAUGUUUUCCGCCAUUCUUUGUUGGUGAUUCCCAGUAGCCUACCAAGCUUCAUUAGAAUCUAGAUUGCCCAGAGAAACAAAUACACACACGUGUCGAUAUCGAAGCAAGAAAAUUUCAGCGAUCACGGUUAGUUGUGGAGGCCAGUGCCAUUGCGAUAAGGCGGCGGGGUCAUCAUUAUCGCAUCCCGGCCGAUGUUGCGGAUAACGUGUUCGGCUCCGUUCCGUGCAGUAUAGGGUCCCGGAGGACGCCGGUGGGGCCAGCUAGGCCGACUAUAAUCCAAACAAAACAGCUUAUGGAAUAUGUAGCUGACAGAUUACACCAACCGAUUUCUCAUAAUCCGGGUGAUGUUAUCAUAUUAGUGCUAAAAAAGUUUAUUCAACCUG